AUGAACCCGGCGCCGGCCGGGCUGCACGCGCUGCUGCCCGGGAAAGAUGUCAAGUCGCUGUCGCUGGUGUCCAAGGCGAUCCACGACCGCGUCGAGCUCUCCAUCUGGGAGUCCGUGAGGGUCCGGCCAGAGACCGAGGCCCGGCUCUCCCUCAUCCGGGGCGCCGACUGCCCACUGAGGGCGCUCCGCGCCGCGAAACACCUCCGGUUCCACUUCGAAAUCAGCAAGGCCACUUGCGAGCGGUGCCCGCACUACUUGGACAACGGCGAUCCGCACGUCCCCGACGACGAGGAGGAGUACGCGCUCGAGAGGCCGGACGAGGAGUUCCCGCGGUUUCUGCGUCUCGCCCGGGAGGCGGAGGCUUGGGACAUCGGGACAUGCGUGCCCGCCGAGAUCCUCGGGACCCAUGGCAUUGUCUCUCGCAGACAAUCGGCGAUCCGUUCCCUCACGCUGGUGACAGACUACACAUGCGAAGCCGACCUGCCCGGCUCCGUCAUCGACCUCUCGUCGUUCAACCAACUCACGAGCCUCUGCUGGAAGGCCCCCAACGUUGCCCACAUCCCCGCGCUUUCUAGUGCCAUCCGGUCAAACGCACCACGGUUGAAAAGCCUCGAGCUAGACUUUGCACGCAUCGAGCUGCUCGACGAGCUGCCCCUGGAGACUGUAGCCGGUCGCCGACAAGUUCAAGAACUCAAUGUCACUCUCCUGGAGGAAGAGAACAACUCCGAGGAGGACAACGAGGAGGAGGAGCAGGACAUCCCCAUUGUCUUCCAGUGGGAGAGGGCGAGCUACUUGGCAACCAUCCUGGGGCCGAGCCCUUCCCGCGGGUCCAGUCUAUCCGCCCUGCCGGCCCUUCAAGAGCUGACCCUCUCCUUCGUCCCCGUCUCGGCGGCAACGGCGCGCGUCGUCGACGUCGGCGCGUUGCGAUCCAUGACCCUCCGGAAGUGCAACGGGUGGGGCGAGUUCCUCGACGAGGUGGUGCUGCUGGGGACGAGGGUCCGCCUCAGGAGCCUGGAGGUCGACGCCCUCGAGACGAGGGCGAGCCACGCCGACGAGGGCCACCACGCCCUGGCCGGCUUCCUGGGCAGCUUCCGGGGGCUCGAGAGGCUGUUCAUGUGCCUCUGCCCGCCGGUCCCGGACCACGAGGACGGCGUGUGGAGGCUCCUCUGGGGCUCCCUGUCCGGCCACAGGGACACGUUGAAGAGCCUCGUGGAGCAUCGCCGAAGGGCGUCGAACCAGCGCCUCGGUGCCAAGUCGCACCUGCGUAUUCCCAGAUCCUUCUUCUUCUGGCCCUGGCGGGACGGGCACGAAAUGGGGAUGACGAGGUCGUCGGCCCGCGAGAUGAGAAGGGACCCGGCAGCGCUGAACCCCCUCGCCGGUUUGGCCUUGGAGAGCAUCGGCACGACGUGCGAGCCGGCCAGAUUGAAAUCCUUCUUGUGGCCCUUCAAGUCCGAGCCUUCCCUGAGGCUCGUCCACAUCCGCCAGUCGCGUUUCCUAGCCUACAGGCCCGGCUCUUCCCUGGCCGAUUCCCAUUACGGGUGGUUCGCACGCUCUGCUAGUCAUUACGGCUCCGACGGCCCGAGCAGCGGCGACGAAGACGACGAAGACGACGACGACAAAGAUGACGUCCCUGACACCGCGGAGGAGCAGCCGACGCGGUCCGCGGUAAGUGUCUCGCAAGGGACCGGCGCCCAUCACCUACGGCCGAGGUUCCGUCGCUUCGCCGAGUGGGCGUUCGGACCCGGGGGCCCGCCUUCGCUCCGGGCCAUAGCGUACGGAGACUUCACCCACGGCGGGAGGGACGGCGAGGGGAACAUCAUCGUCUGCAGGAGCGCCGGCGGCGGUGCUGGCUUCAGGGAGUGCGACAGGGACAGCCGGCAGUGGGACGACUUGGUCGACGAGUAUCGCGACAUGUUGGAGGCGUGUCCCACGCAGCGGCUUCUCGAUUAG